UAAUGUAUAAAAAGAGAAAAGGGAAAAUAAUUUUUAGAGUGAAGCUUAAAAAUUAAUAGGAAGAGUUUAUAAUAUAAGAGGUCAUUUCUGAUAAAUAAAGAUAAUAAUCUGGUGAGGUAUAGAAGAAUCUGAAUAGAAGAUUGAUGAUGAAAAAGAAUAAGUGUAUGUUUUGAAA